CCAAGCAAACCGACCUGUCUGCAGAACUUGUCCAGCGCCCCCAGGACGCCAACUGGACUCUCAGAAUCAGGUUUUCCUCAUCUGCCAAGGUGUGUCCUUCCCUGGCCUCUUUUUGGCAAUGAAAUGAAGUCACCCAGCUCUGCUCUGCACCUGUCUCUCUGUUUUGGGGGAACUUUUGUCAGCGAACCAGGGUCUCCUAGCUAGGCUGGUUUUCAGCAUUCUUUGAAUGGCCUGUCUUCUUCUGGAGUCACAGGUGUGGCACUGAGAGUGGCCUGUGUGGAAUCCAGCCGGAGCUCUGCCACAUCAGCAACACGAGGCCCUGCUGGGGAAGCAGUCGAAGUUCAACCCACAGCAAAGCCCUGGCCCGGCCACUUUACAAUCCACAGCGGGGCCUGCCUGUAAAGCCAUGGGCUUCACCGACCCUGAGUUCCCACCAAUUUCAAAGCUUGGCCUGUGGUGGCUCCUUCUGAUCCCAGCAGUGCUGGCGCAGCGAGCCCCCCACGCCCAAGCAGAGGAUCGCCUGUUCAAACGCCUCUUUAGGGGCUACAACCGCUGGGCACGGCCAGUGCCCAACACCUUGGAUGUGGUCAUCGUGCGCUUCGGGCUGUCCAUUGCCCAGCUCAUCGACGUGGAUGAGAAGAACCAAAUGAUGACCACCAACGUCUGGCUAAAGCAGGAGUGGAAUGACCACAAGCUGCGCUGGAACCCCGCUGAGUUUGGCAACAUCACAUCCCUCCGCGUCCCUUCAGAGAUGAUCUGGAUCCCUGACAUUGUCCUCUACAACAAUGCAGAUGGGGAGUUCGUGGUGAACCACAUGACCAAGGCCCACGUCUUCUCCACGGGCACCGUGCACUGGGCGCCCCCCGCCAUCUACAAGAGCUCCUGCAGCAUCGACGUCACCUUCUUCCCCUUCGACCAGCAGAACUGCAAGAUGAAGUUCGGCUCCUGGACGUACGACAAGACAAAAUUCGACCUGGAGCCGAUGGAGCAGACGGUGGACCUGAAGGACUACUGGGAGAGUGGCGAGUGGGCCAUUGUCAACGCCACAGGCACCUACAACAGCAAGAAGUAUGACUGCUGUGCUGAGAUCUACCCUGACAUCACCUACUACUUUGUCAUCCGGCGCCUGCCCCUCUUCUACACCAUCAACCUCAUCAUCCCCUGCCUGCUCAUCUCCUGCCUGACGGUGCUCGUCUUCUACCUGCCCUCCGACUGCGGGGAAAAGAUCACCUUGUGCAUUUCUGUGCUGCUCUCGCUCACUGUCUUCCUCCUGCUCAUCACCGAGAUCAUCCCCUCCACCUCCCUGGUCAUUCCACUCAUCGGAGAAUACCUGCUCUUCACCAUGAUCUUCGUCACUCUGUCCAUCGUCAUCACGGUCUUCGUCCUCAACGUCCACCACCGCUCCCCCAGCACCCACAAUAUGCCCCACUGGGUGCGAGUGGCCUUUCUCAGCUGUGUGCCACGGUGGCUUCUGAUGAAACGACCUCUGCCACCCUUGGAGCUCCAUGGCCCCCCAGAUCUGAAGCUCAGCCCCUCCUAUCACUGGCUGGAGACCAACGUGGAUGCACGAGAGAGGGAGGAGGAAGAGGAGGAAGAGGAAGAGAGAUGGGUGUCAUCCUCCUCCACAGGUGUCCUCCACGGCCAUGCUGAUCUGCACCAAGGGGCCCAGCUGCAGAAGGGAGGGCUCCUGCUGUCACUGCGCAUGCAGAAGGCACUGGACGGCGUGCACUAUAUCGCCGACCACCUGCGGUCUGAGGAUGCCGACUCUUCGGUGAAGGAAGACUGGAAGUACGUGGCCAUGGUGAUCGACAGGAUAUUCCUCUGGCUGUUUAUCAUCGUCUGCUUCCUGGGGACCGUGGGACUCUUCCUGCCCCCGUUCCUGGCCGGAAUGAUCUGAUUUCUCGUCCCUGGCUUUGGCCCAAAGGUGGCACUGCUGACCAUCCUUGCUGCUGCCUCCAGAAUCUACCUUUGGGGUCAAUACCACGUGACCACAGGUGCCCGCCCUGGAGUCCCUACCCGGGACCGGUGCUUGAGGACUUCCUGACCCCACUCACUUGGCAGUGCUGAGCCUCUACUGGGUGCAGAGCCCAGCUGUGGGUGCUGAGGAUCAAGAAAGGGAGGAACUUGCUCUGCAGAAGGUUGUGAUGAGGUGGUGACAAUGUGAAGCACAUGAGAUGCCCCUAAAGGAGCUGUACAGACACUGGGUGACAGGGGCAUCAGGUGAGGAAGCAAAAAGCAGGGGUGAAGCCAGGCAAAGAACACAGCACAGGCCUCCAAGAAGGGGUGUGUGGAGGAGGGGGAGAGGAUGCCACAAGGGACAGAAGGACUAUGAGCCGCGUUUCGGAUUCAGGAAUGAGCCUGAAGUGUUAGAACGGCCAGGCUGAGGUGGGGCUCUGGUGCGGGGAGCACUGGCUGGCAGGUGGGGUGUCUUUGAUUGAA